GAACGCUCAGAUCGCAGGCGGCGCGAUGGACAGGCUCUUCAUGGGGAAGGUGGGAUUGCUCUCGCUGGAUUUACGCUAAGCUUCUCUCACUGAUCCAUGUGUCAGGUAGACCUCUAUCCUGCGUUACUUUUCCUGUCUCCUGCCUGUGUGUCUACAUCUUUUCCACGCUGUGGUGCAUGGCUGCGAACAACAUUUCCUAACGCGACGGUAGCAGCAGGAUGUAUUAUUCCUCUCCAUUUCAUCCUGCACUUUGCCUUAAAAUCACAACUGUUCGCUGGAAGGUUUUGCUCAAUGAAAUUCAAGUGACAUUAAUAGUGUACUUUGCUGCGAUUGCCUGUGGACUUGCAACAGUGCCAAUCACAUGGGGCACGAAGGAGGGAACUGAAACGUAGAGACUAGUGGGACACGAUCGGCGAGACCAAGAGGGCCACAAAGGUUGCUGGUAGCAAUUUUAUCCGCUCCACAGAAAGAAAGCAUCACUCGAGACGGUCCCCUUUUUCUCCAGUAGCGCGUCUGCAGUUCUCUCGCUGUGUCUGUCGGUUGCGGUCGUAGCAGAGGACGUUUGGCCCAUCAGACUGAUCUAUGUCCGUGUCUGUCUGUCUGCCGAACUUGUAUCUCAUGGAGCGAACCGGCGUACCGCAGCACAGAACCACCUACCUCAUCUCCCUGACCCUGGUGAAGGUGGAGACAACCGAGGACCAUGGGGCGGAAAAGGCCAGGCAGAGUGUGGCGGGGGGGACAAACUGGACUGGAGCCGAGCAGCCACCCGCCAGCACGGACUCGUGUGGCGGGGAGGGUCGUCCACCGAAGCAGGAAGACAUCACCGCGCCUGAAGCCAGGAGAGGUAUCCAUCACCAAACAGGACAGGAAAUACUUCCAUGCCCCAGGGACCGUAAAGCACUUUUUACAGAUGGCGCUUCCCCCAGUGACAGGCAAAAAUCAAUAACCCUAUCCGCUGCAGAAAACGAUGGGGCAAGUGAAGUAACAGGGUUGCCUCAAACAUCUACAUUCAAGGAGCCAUCUGAAUCCACCCAGACCCCAGCCGCGAGCGGCGCCGGACGCAGCAGCAAGAGGCCCGUGUCCUUUUUAAAGGCACACAGCAGUGCCCUCAGUAGCCGUGAGUUGCGAGAAGCCAGAGACAGCAUGCAUGCCUCCUCCAAGAGCCUGGACCGAAAGGAUAGUAGGAGCAGGGUGCAAUCCCCCACCAGCCCUGCUCCUGGAUCCUUCAGGGCAUCCUGGGCUGUGUGCGAGGCCAAGACCGCUCCGCAGGAUAUGAAAGAAGGCACGAGGUCCAAAUUGUCCACGGAGGGGGCGGUAGCCAUGCGGACCCAGAGCCCCAGAGCCGAGAGGCUGAAGGCAGGGUCCGCGUCCCUUCCGGCCCCCGGGUCCGCUGUCUCCAAGCCACAGCGGAAGGGGAAGAGCCGCACUCUGGAUAACAGUGACCUGAACUGCCUGUCCGAGGACCUGCUAAAAGUGAAAGGCGGCCAAGGCCCGGCAGAUGCAAGGGCGGGGGCGUCGCAGGGGGCCUCAUCCCGUGACCGCAAAAUGCUCCGGUUUAUUAGUGGCAUCUUCACCAAGAGCACCCAAGCCUCAGGCAGUGCUGGUGCGACGUGCCCAGCUCCGAGCUCCGUCCAGAGGGGGUCCAGUGAGGAUGAAGCAUCAUGUGCCAACAGUCAGGAAUGGACCCUAAGUCGAUCUAUUCCAGAGCUCAGACUGGGGGUGUUGGGUAGCAUGUGGAGUGGAAAAUCUGCACUGGUAAACAGGUACAUCACAGGAAGCUACCUUCCUGAGAAGACACACGAGGAUCGAAGGUAUAAGAAAGAUGUCCUGGUAGAGGGGCAGAGUCAGUUGUUACUAAUCCGAGAGGAAUCCGGCCUCCCCAACGCACAGUUCAGCAACUGGGUAGAUGGCGUCAUCAUGGUGUUUAGCUUGGAAAACGAAGCCAGCUUCCAAGACGUGUACAAUAACUUCAGGGAGUUCAGCUCCCACCGCAACAUGGCAGACAUCCCGUUCAUAUUAGUGGGCUCGCAAGAUAAGAUUAGCAACACUAAUGUCCGCAUAAUCGAGGACAAGCGGGUGAAGCAGCUUUGCACGGUCGCGCGACGCUGUACCUAUUAUGAGACCUGCGCUACCUACGGACUGAACGUGGACCGAGUCUUCACAGAAGUCUGCCAGAAGAUAGUGGCAGCUAAGAAGCAAGCUGCCGUUCUGGCAUCUUGCAAAUCCCUCCCCAACUCCCCCAGCCACUCCGGAGCAUCCACGCCGGUGUCCGCACCGUUCCCUGGACAGGCCAGUAACGGAGGUCAGAGUAGCGAUUAUUUGCCCUCCUCUUUGCCCUCCACCCCUGUGAUAGGUCACCGAGAAAUACGGGGAGGGGCAGGAGGAGAGGGGGGCUGCCAGCGAAACUUGCCCCGCCGGCGGACCUCCUUGUUCACGAACCGCCGGGGGAGUGAUACUGAGAGGAGAACUCCGGACAGCAGAGCUGAUAUGGGAGGCAACAGAUCAGUCGCUAUCAGACAGGGCACACUGCUGAAACGUAGCGAUCGCUCUCUGAACAAAGAGUGGAAGAAGAAGUUUGUCACACUGUCCAACACCGGCAUGCUCAUGUAUCACUCAAACAUCAAUGACUACAAGCAGAACACACAUGGGAAGGAGAUGGAUCUGCAGCGCGUGACCGUGAAAGUGCCAGGGAAACGGCUGCAUAGGGCGUUGCCUCCAGCUAGCCCUGCCCCCGGGGUCAACGGCCUUGCGAAAGACAAGCCAGCAUCCGAAGGGGCAACCUCAUCAAACCUUCUGCCUGUGGACGAGGGGGCCGGCAUGGGAACGCCAUCUGAAGAUGAACCAAACAGGGUCAAACGCUGCCCUUCUUCUGUGUCCAAUAAGGCAGUAAGCUUAGAGUCCGGGGUUGAGGGGGCUAUCUGCCCUCCUCUGGGGAAGGACCUGGCUCCGCCCUCCCCCAUGACAGACCGGAAGAAGACCAAGAGGAAGAAGAGCAUGAACGUGAAAGGAGACGUGAUGGCCAGCCAAGCGGAUGCCAAGCGCAAAAUGUGGAAGCUGAAAAGCUUUGGUAGCCUGAGAAACAUUAACAGAGCAGAAGAGGAGAAUACAGACUUCAUUGUCAUAUCGAGCACGGGGCAGAGCUGGCACUUUGAGGCCCAGAGUCAGGAGGACAGGGACACCUGGGUGCAGGCCAUCGAGAGCCAAAUCCUAGCUUCUCUGCAACUGUGUGAAAGUAGAAAUAAGACUCGAAGGUGCAGCCAGAGUGAAGCUGUGGCAAUACAAGCCAUUCGUAAUGCCAAAGGCAAUGACCUGUGUGUUGACUGUGAGGCACCCAAUCCCACUUGGGCAAGUCUAAACUUAGGAGCUCUGAUCUGCAUCGAGUGCUCGGGGAUUCACCGGAACCUCGGGACACAUCUGUCCCGUGUUCGCUCCCUGGACCUAGAUGACUGGCCCAGCGAGCUCACCAAGGUACUAACGGCUAUAGGCAACCACACGGCCAACAGCGUCUGGGAGACAUGCACACAAGGGCGCCAAAAGCCAACACCCGAAGCCACGAGGGAGCAGAGGGAGUCAUGGAUCCGGGCGAAAUACGAGCAGCGGGCUUUUGUGGCACCCUUACCGCGUCGGAACGAGGGGCCCAGGGAGGUGACAUCAGCUGAGCUGCUCAGAGCGGUCACCGACAGAGACCUUCCCAGGCUCCUGCUGCUUCUGGCCCACAGCACCAAGGAGCAGCUGAACGAGCCCACGGCCAGCUACCCUCUGCAGCUCCCCAGCCCCUUACAUGCUGCCUGCCAGCUGGGAGACGUGGUUAUGACUCAGCUCCUAGUCUGGUAUGGCAGUGACGUUAAAGCAAAGAAUCCUCAAGGGCAAACAGCGCUGACACUGGCACGACAGGCCGGGAGCCAAGAGUGUGUCGACGUUCUCCUCCAACACGGCUGCCCCAGCGAGACAUCGCCCACCUCGCCCACGCGCAUCCUCUCGCGCAAAAGUAGCAUCACAAGCCUCGAACGUGUUAACUCCAGGAGAAAGGUCUCUUAACUUGGAAGACUUCACAGACUUCAUCCUCCUUUCUGACAAAACUGGACCAUAUUUUUAUUUCAUUACGUUUUGUUACAAAGCUGUGUACGUCUCUGUGGAUGUUCUCCUUGGUCCCCGUUCAUAUAUAUUCGUUUGGGAUCCUCAGAAAGACAAAAAAACUUACUUGCUGUAUGGAAAAUAAAAUUAGCAAGACAGCUUCAAACAAACUGAAAAGGCUUUUUUCCCCGAUACUGUUUCAACAACAUGAAAGCAAUAUUAUACAUGAUAAAUAUACUAUAUCUAUUACAAAGUAUAAUGUAGCCUAGACAGUUUCUCAAAGCAAUUUGAGAAGAUGUAUUCAUCAUCACAUUAUUACUGUCAUAAAACUGUUCCUUAAUAAGAAACUGAAUUGAGGACAAAUUAUGAUGUUUAUAUGGAAAAGGAAUAGCAUUUGUCAUUGUGCAGCAUUUCUAAAUACUAGAAUUAAUAAAGUGCAGUCUUUAAA